AUGUGUGAAAAACAAUUACAAAUUCAAAUAGUGUUAGUAGUAUUAUGUUUAGUAUUUAAAGGUCUGCUUGGAGUUGAUGAUAGUAUUUUAUUUUCGGUGACGAGAGCCCCACGAUAUUUUGGAAUACUUCAAGAUCAUCGCGGACAACCUCUGUCAGUGGAAGUUUCUGAGGAAUAUAUGGAUCAAGAUUAUAUAGCUACUAAUAGGAAUCCUUUGGAUAUUGAUGAUUUCGAUGAUGAUGAAACGGAGGAAUUAUUUGAAGAUAAAGAUAAGGAUGUAAAAUUAUCAAACAAAUACAACCUACAAGCUGGACCUGUCUAG